AGCACACUAUAUAUGAUUCAACAAGUAGUCCUUUGCACAGACAGCUGACUGUAUAGUUAUGUAUCUGGUGACGUGUGUGUGGUUUUCGUUGCUUUUUCAAACUGUGAUGCAUGUAAACUCCAAGAGUACAGAAUAUGUAUCAAACAUCAUUCCGACGCAGGAUCCAUUUUUAGUGGAUAGACAGAUGGGAAAGACCUCUUACCAGAUAGUGUCCGUGACGAAAUCCACAGAUUCGGAUACACAAACAUACACUGCUGUGAUCCGAGCACCACUAAACACAGCAAUGGAUACCCACGAUAAUGAUGGACACUUUUCUUCAUGGAGAGGGAAUUCAGAAUGGCAUCUUGUGUCCGUUGACAGCGGAGGUACUUCUGCCUUGUACCAAGCAGUCGUGAAAGCUUCCCUCAAUACUUUCUUAAUUCCCCCAGUAUGGCUGACAGCUGAAACUGAAAGUUUGAACCUUAACUUCAGUCCGUUUGUUACAAUCGAAAAACAAACGAAGUUCAAGUUCAACGACUGCCAACUUCAAGUUGAAAAGCGAAGCAAUCAGGAGUCAACUUUCUACAAAAUCAUCGUUAGAUCAUGUAAUUGCCAGCGUGGAUUUAAAGGAUCUGUGGGGAAAAUAACUUCCUCUGGAUUCGAGGAAACAGCAGGUUUAUCUCCCUUGUACUUUUUUCCUGUACAUAUGUAUCAAGGAUGGAUGAAAGACGACCAGACAUCUACUAUAUUUAUAAACAGAACCGCACUCAAUAAAGAUGGCGUACAAAUAAAGUCGCUGAAGUUCUUAAUCAAGAGAGACCAGGACGAUAUCGAUACUGAUUACAUCGAUCGGUCGACGUAUGGAUACAGUCUUACUUAAAUAUGAUUGAAUGAUUAAACUAUGGAUACAGUCUUAUUUAGAUUUCAGUGAGCGAUCAAGCUAUGGACACGUCCUAUUUAGAUUUGAUUGAACGAUCGGACUAUCGGUACAUCCUUAUCUAUAUUUGAUUAAACAGCCAGGCUGUGGAUGUAGAUUGAUUGACUUUUUUAUUCCGGUAUGAUUAUUGAAUGUACAGGAUGUCGUAUAGAAUAGUAAAUAUAAAGAUAUUCUACGCAU